UCGAUUUUUCUGUUUUGGACGGAGCAGUUGCAGGUGAAAAAUUUAGCUCCCCAUUAUUUCCAGAUUAAACUGCAAUUUCUGUAACCUACGCAGCUCAACAUCAUGCUGCAGGAAUACGAAGAUGACUAUUUCCUGGAGGAAGAUAAAAUAACUAAACCGUCCGAAGGCAUCGGUUCUUCAAUCAAUAUUUUGGAACCAGACGAACAAACUACACUGCUUCUGGAUUUAGAAAGCACCGACAGCAUCGACCAUUCCCUAUCGGUUAGCCACCAAGAGCAGCAAAAUCCUACCGGUAUCGAAGUCAACGAGGCCAAUGAAGGGCUUUCGGGGGAACGGCCGUCAGUGGAAAGAACGGAAUCCGUGGCCAGAGUCAAGGAUGAAAUCGCUUUCGUUUCCAACGACGACCUGCCGGAUCCGGUUCUGUACGCUGAUGGUUGUUGCGACGAUUCCAAAAUUAUCAUGUUGUGUCAGAGACAGGAAAUGGAGCGACUGGGGAUGACCGUCAGUUCAGGAACGGUGGUCAUCAAAAAGGACACUACCAAUCUCAUUGGGAUCAGCAUCGGUGGCGGUGCUCCCCUUUGUCCCUGUCUGUACAUUGUGCAGGUUUUCGAUGGAACACCGGCCGCUCGGGAAGGAACGCUCCAAAGUGGCGAUGAACUGUUGGGCGUGAAUGGAGUCUCGGUCAAGGGCAAGACCAAGGUCGAGGUGGCCAAAAUGAUCCAAGCUGCUACCGAUGAGGUAACGAUCCAUUACAACAAGCUACAUGCUGAUCCCACCCAGGGCGAGACGUUGGACAUUGUGCUGAAGAAAAUGAAGCACCGUCUGGUGGAGAGAAUGUCUAGCAGCACCGCCGAUACCCUGGGGCUAUCGAGGGCCAUCCUGUGCAACGAUUCGCUGGUGAAGAGACUGCAAGAACUGGAGCGCACGGAAACGAUGUACCGUGGACUGGUGGAGCAUGCCAAGAGGAUGUUGAAGGCGCACUUCGACGUGCUCCAGACGUAUCAGGCCUUCGGUAACGUGUUUGCUGCAAUCAGUGUACGCGAACCACAACCGAGGGCAUCGGAGGCGUUCCGUAUAUUCGCUGAACUUCACCGAAGCAUGGAAAAGGACGGAAUUAAGAUGAUCAAAACGCUCAAACCGAUUCUUGCCGAUAUGGGAACCUAUCUACAUAAGGCUAUCCCGGACACGAAGCUGACGGUGAAACGCUACGCCGAUGCUAAGUUUACCUAUUUAUCGUACUGUUUGAAAAUCAAAGAAAUGGACGACGAAGAGCAUAGCUAUGCGGCCAUCCAGGAACCUUUGUAUCGCGUCGAAACGGGAAACUAUGAGUACCGAUUGAUUCUCCGUUGCCGACAAGAGGCUCGAGUGAAGUUUGCCAAGCUUCGUAACGAUGUGUUGGAAAAGAUGGAGCUGUUGGAGUGCAAGCAUGCCCGGGAUUUAGCCUCGCAGUUGCGAAAGUUCAUUCAGGGGUUGUCCACUUUGGCAGAGGAAACUGUUGAACGAUUGGAAUCAAUCCCGAAUCUGUUCCCGAUCGAAGUGGAUCUCAAGGCAAGUGCCUUUCAAUAUAAAUCUGCGAUUAGGUUUCAGGCGGAAGAGGAACUGGAGGAAGUGGAAGUUCACCAGGGCGAAGAAGCCGUCGAGAGUCCAUUUAUGGUUGAAUCAUCCAAAGUAAACAGUUCGUCCAGCAAUGGAGGAACAUCCAUCGACCAGUUGCUGGCCGGAUUCGAGGACAUCGAUUUGUCCAACCGGAUCGGCAGUGGUAGCAACGUUAUGGGUAACGAAAGCAACGAUCUGUUGGUCGAGCUGGGUUUGGCUGAUAUUGAUCUCAGCGUUGGCAAUCGGAGUGCUAUACUAGGUGCGCCAGAUGAUCUCAUGUCAACGGAUUUGGGAGAUUUCAGUAAGUAAUUUCAUGAUCAACUGUUUUUAAAUAUAUAUUUACCUGGUACUAUACAAAAAAUGUUAGUAUUUUGA